UUUAUACAAACUUUGACGAUCGAUACACGUUGGUCGACCUUGUCGAUUUAGAUAUCCUAGUGUUCGUGAGUUUCAUUUGUGGCGUUUAUUUUCUGCGUAUCUUAACGAGAGAAAUGGACCAUUUUAUAAAACGUGUGAAAAAACAUCCAUGCUUAUGGCAAAUGGACAAGGAGUACAAAAAGGAAGAAUGUGAUAAUGCUUGGAAAAUUGUAAAUGACGAAUGCAGCUUUUUAGAAGACGAGGAAGAGGCAAAAGAUUUUUGGAAAAAACUACUACAACGUUAUGGAUCAGGAGUAAAUGAAGAAGAAAUUACAAAAGACGCUAGCAAGAAGAGGAUUUGCAAAAUGAUGGAGUUUGUAAUUCCUAUGAAUAAACCAAGCACAAGUGCAACCCUUUUGAAUACAUCAAAUGGAUCUCAAAUUAAUACUUCUGAACUUAUGGAGAAUGUAGAAGAAACAAAACGUAGAGAAGAAAUAGACAUAGAAAUGAACAAAAAUAAUAUAGAAGAGCAAAUAUCAAAUCUCCCCAAAUCCCCAAAUAAUAAAGAACAAUUUGAUAAGAUGAUUGUACUACAGCAAGAAAAACGAAAAGAGAGAACAGCAAGAUCAUCAGAAAAAGAGAAAGAUUAUUAGAAAGACUCAACAAAUCAGAUUUCAUCCGAAAAGAAUUACUCGAUGAAAGUCAUAAUACAAAAUCAAAAAAUAAAAUAUACAUUAACAAAUUUUUGAAAGUAUGUGUGAAAUGACUAAUCAUUUAUCAGAAGAUUUACAGAUGAAAAUUGAAUCUCAACUUUUCGAUAGUGUGAUGAAAGCGCGAAUAGAAGAAAAUCAAAGAAAAUUACAAAUGUCGAUGAGCAAGCUAACUGUUAAAUCAAGACAGACUACAUGUAAGAAGCAAAAUAAAUGUAAUACUUCUUCAAUCGAAAAAGGUGUGAAUUCAAUCACCUCAUCUACAUCAUGUGAAGCUAAUUCAUCGAACUCAUCAUAGUAGCUUCUUCGUAGACACACAAACAAUUCUCAAUGUUGCAACAAUGUUCUAUCUUCAGAACUGCGCAGGAGAAGACUGAUAUACAAACGUAUAUUACUGAUAAGACAAUAUAUACCAAUUUACGAUAAGUCAUUGAAUUUGAAUUUUUAUAUGAUAACAGA